AACGCACAAUGUUGUUGACCCCGUUAAGUGGACACCGGUUAUCAGUACACAUUUGUUGCUUCGUUGUACUAUGUUGGGCCCAUACCACCCCACCGUCACCCUCCUGCUCCUCAGGUCUCGCCUCGCCCACAACCCACCCGCCGCUGCUUCAAUAAGGAGAUUAUUUUCAGCAGUAAAUCGAGGACCUAGUAUAAGAAUAAAUGAUUUUGAGAAGAGAAUUCCAGUGUCGUUACCUUGGGACCAGAAUGUACUCAUCACACAGAGGUCCCGGCCUGCAGCAUGUGGCUGGUGUUACUUCUCCGAUGACUCUGGCAAGAUGACACAUCCAGAAAUUAAGGAGGCCAUUAAAACUAUCUCUGAGAAGUUUACAGAAGCUAUGGAGCUGAUGAAUGAUGCAAGAGCGUCGGCAGGAACAGUUUACUUUUCAGAGGAUAUGGAAGACACGCAUACACAGGUUACCGAAACAUUGGAAGACUACACCACAUUACUUUCCAAACUAAACGAGAGUCAGAAAACGGAAGUUAUUCAGUCUAUAGGCCUCAAGAUGGAAGAGCUGAAAGCCCAGAUGUCCUUGUUACAAGACCUAGUAAAGAGUGAAAAGCCACUUAUGUGAGGUACAAUUCACAAAUCUGUGAUGAAAUGUGCACCUUUUAGGCUUGCAAACAUGUAAAUCUACCAUUGUUUUAAUCUUCCAUCUAAUGUAUGUGCUGAAUAUUCUGGUCACUAAAAUGAGGGAUAGCUUUAUAUCUAGGAAUAAUUAAAUUAUUUUGACUACUAUUAAGGAUUGUUUAACAUAAAUAUAUAUAAUUAUUGUAACUGAUGACUAACAAACUGUGGUAGUUAUGACCAAACCACACUUUGGAAAAUGAAGAAAUAAUGACGUUUUGAAUCAUUAUAAAGUCCAUUAUAGUGAUAAUUUAUUGCCUGAUAUAAUGAUAAUUUAUUGCCUGGUAUAAUGAUAAUUUAUUAUCAUUAUAAAGUUCUUUAUAAUGGUCCAUUAUAACGUCCUGGAUCAUUAUAAAGUCAUGUGAUAUAAGAGAGGAAGGGACAGGAAAAUAUGGAGAGGAAAGAGUUCAGUUGACAGAUGAGGAAAAGAAUGUAAAUGUGCAAGAGGAAAGGUAAGAGUAGGAAAAAAAAGAGAUACAAGAAAGAGAAGGGGGUAAGAAAAAGAGGAA